AUGUCUUCGUCUCCGAAUAGUUUGCCAAAUUCUGACAUAAGUUGUUGCUUCCCUAUAAGUCACUUCUUUCAUCGGCUGCUGAAACGAAGAACCAUACCCUGUAAAUCAGUUCCUAUUGUUCGUGUGCAAGAAGCAACUCCUCGCAAUUCGUCUGUUGCUUAUGAACAGCAUUAUGGGAAAACGACUCCCUCUUCUUCUUCUUCCUCUCCUACAAAAGAAUAA